AUGGCCGCCGCUGGCGCGAGGGCUCAAAAGCCCGUCGGCUCUGCCGCAUGGAUUGCCGCAGAGAAAGAAAACAUGGCGGAACUAGUCGAACAAGAAAUGGAGGAGGUUGAAUACCCCGUUCGGCACGAAAUGGACUGGCUAAACGAGCAUAUGGCGGACAUCUUCUCCAAAGGUCAAACCAACUUUACGGAUGUCUUCAAAACACCAGGAAAGAUGAGAGGGAAAACACCUCGCACAGCACGCAAGCGAAAUGUGGAAGAAAGUCGGGUGCCAUUGAGCGAGAUAUUUUCCUCUACUCACAAGCAAAGCGACAGCAGGGCAAGCCCUAGUCCUUUCAUUCAUCGCGUCAUCUCAAAAUCUACAGCUGCGACAACGUCUGCAUCACCCCGCCCCAAAGAUGCAGACAAGGAGACACAGCCCCAUUAUCCAACAGUCCGUUCCAACUUGAACUCCUUCCAAACUUAUAACACCGACUCGGGCUAUCAUGGAAUAGAAGAUUACGACGAUGUGGUUUUGCCCGACACACAGCCAAACACCCAGGUUUCCACACAGUCGAUGGAAGUGGAGGAGCCGACAGUGCUGACCCCUCAGGUCGAUAUCUCGACCAAUCACCAAGCAACUGAAGAUUCCUUCCAUUCUGCCCAGGAAAAUGUUCGUGCACGAGAGGAGACUGUAGAUCCCACAAAUGAGGAGCCAACUCCCACGUCGGAACGGACGACAACGCCUACGAAGGUGAUCUCCAAGGAGCCAGGACUAGAGCGGGAAAUGAGCUCCACACCGACACCCAAGACACAACCUAAGGUCAAGGAGAGACUCGGCAAGCAGAAACAACAAGAGAAGCCAGCAGAUCCGCAAGAACCCCAUACCCAGGACGAGGCCCAAGAUAAACCUCAGGAGGUGCCCAUUAAAGAGCCGGCUUUGCAAGCUCAGUCCUCUCCAGCGAAGCCUGUCGCUGCUGCGGUGUCGCAAGUGCAGCAGGGCCAGGAGCAUGAAGAUACGGACAUGGAUAUGGAAGAUGAUUUGAAGGAAGACACAAUCCUUGACAGCUUCGAUGACAUUGGGUCUCCCUCUGACAAUUCUACUCCCGAACGCCCAUUUGUUCGAAAGAGCAGUCUCAGUUUCGCCUCCCUUCCAGCACGGGAACCUCUGACCAAGAGCAUUGGAGGCUCACGGCUUUCCCGUACCAGCCAUAUUGAUCUCCCCAAGUUAAGUAAUGCCGGUAGACCUAGUUACCUGGGCAGACAGACUGGGAGCCACAAGAAUGCUCAGGCCCCAUCGGACGACCAUAUUCGUAGCUCUGGCUCCAUGGACCUUGAUGACGAGAAGCAUGAUGGCGAUACCAUGAAUGCGGAAAAGGCCAGCAAAAUGCACAGCACGAAAUCGACUCAGAGUCUCCAUGAAAGAAUUAGCAUGCUUGGAAAGGCUCCACCAUCACGACCAAAGAAGUCAAUCGCGGCACCCGUGGUGGGAACUGCAUCUGCUGGUCAAGUGGCUUAUCCAGAGCUACCUGCUACCAAAGCCGAGUCUCGAUCCGAGUCUUCUGAUCUCAAGACUCGUGCAAUUCCGACUUCGGAUUCCGCGGCAGCUGAUGAGGAUGACUGGAUUCCCCAACAACCAACUCUCGAAAGGAGCAAGACCGCAGACGUCAUGGAGAACCUUCAUGCAGAUAAAAUUCAAUCUUUCGGCAAGAAGGACGCAUUCCCUACCAAAGACAAGCAUUCUGCUGAGCCCGAACGUCCCAAGUCAUCGUACUCAAUUUUUUCAUCGCCUCGCCCUCAAAGUCAUCAACAAAGCGCUUCACUCUCGCAUAUGACCCCGGUUGCGUCCACUACUCCCACUGGAUCGCCUCGGCGGUAUGAUGGCCCCAUCAGCGCUUCAAAGAUUCGAUUGCAAUCAAUAAUGAAGAGCGCCAAAGGAUUGUUCACAAGCACCGGCAGCUCGGUCCGGAUUGAACCAUCCUCACCCGAGCAAGCUCGUGUUCAACCCAAUCAACGAACGAGUGCGGAAAGGGUUGACGAUGAAGUUGAAGACAAACCACAGCCUCGUCAAUUAGCCAAUUCUCCACGACAGGAGGGCCGUCGAACCCGCAGUUCUACCGAAAAGGAGCAGAAGCAGCGGCAGAAGGACUUGGAGGAUCGACAACUUGAAGAAUCUCGCCAAGAGAAGGCCCGUGAACAGGAAAGACAGCGCGCUAUCCAACUGAAAGCCGCCCAAGACAAAUCAUCCAUCGAACCGGAAGAGCGAACGAACACACAGGCCCACAAGUCCUCGCAGUCAUUAAGAACACAGAGUCGUGAGCCUGAAUCUGCCACAGAAGGCUCAAGGAUUGCCAUGUCUCAGGCCAAGCAGAACGAUCGACGGCCUAAACCAACUCGUGAACCCAUGCAAAAGCCCAAGCCACAACCUGUGUCUGUCCGCGUUGGCAGCACUCUGUCCCGCGCGAUCCCAAUGCCCACAGCUUCUUCUGCUGUUCAAGAAACGAAUGUUCCGGCACCUGCAUCGAAACCCGCAACUUUGAAAAAGAAGGCCAGCAACAACUCUCUUCACACCGCUUCAUCCACGAGCAGUUUCAAGAGCUCCGUUUCCAGUCAGACACAGGCUCAGCGAAAGGCCCAGCUUGCUAGCGAAAGGAAACGGGAGCAAGAGGAAAGAAAGCGAGAACAGGAGGAGAGGAAACGGGAGCAGGAAGAACGUGAGGCUCGUCGGAAAGACGAACAACGGCGAGAACAGGACCGCAAGCGAGCUCUGCAGCUCAAGCAGCAGGAAGAAGCUCGUCGACAGGCUGAGAGUCGUGCUGAGGCGGACCGUGAGCGCCGAGAGCAGUCUGCUCAGGAGGAUUCCCAAAGGGCAGCAAACAAGCAGGCGAUUGAGAAGUGGCGGAUGGAGAACAUGCGAAGACAAGAACCCGGUGUUCCACGACCUGCUUCGCGUUUGGGCUCUCUUCAACCCUACGGACGAUCGAUCAACACACCUGCUUCUAACCCUGCCAAGCCGCCUAAGAGAGUGAUGGACGAGGAGGCAGGUCACCGGGCAGCCGUUACCAAGCCCAGCAAUGUGCAGCCUUCUGGUGAGGCUAAGCGGGUCAAGACAGAUGAUGAGCACGGACAACCUGUGCGAACAAUAGGGCGCCCAGUCCGCCCGCCCAGCACUAUUCGCAAGCCUUCAAUUUCAAUGUUUGGUCAGUCUGGUAUCGGUCAUCAGAGUGGAUCUUCAGUCUUGAAAAUUGGUCAGCCUCAAAGACCCGGACCUGGGCACCCGCUGGACAUGUCCUCGUUGGCAAAUGGCAAGAUUCCCUUCGCGGAGCCUAACCGUGCACCUCCACCAUCAGCACACAAGCCUGCUCCUAGCUCUGUCCAGCGGAACCCUGCUCAGCCCAAGCCCUCACCUAAGUACCCCAGCGGUGACAGUAUCCACCUCCCCGAGAUUGCCACGGACAGCGAAGACGAAGACGACUCAGACUCUGAGAUGUUCCCCGUGCCUAAGUGGGCGCAGGCUAAGGAGCUCAAUGAUCUCCUUGUGGAGCAGGACGGAAUGGAAGUCGACUCGAUCUUCGGACCUAUUGCGCCCUUCUCUUUGGAAGAAACUUUCAAGGCGGACAAAAAGAUUAAGAAAUACCGCGACAGAACCAGCAGUGCAAACUGGUCUGGUCCUGACGGUCUUACUCAGGAGGAAAUUCGCAAAGAUGUGGCUGAUCGACAAAAGCUACGUCGCAAUGGUGGAUGGUCCUUUAAUGCGUAG